AUGAAGCUAAUCGAAAACAAAUUCUUCUCCUCAAAGAAAGCAUUGAUUCUGCCUUUUGCUUUAUUUCUAGCGAGCCUCUUUUUAAUGCUUAUAUCUUUGACCGAGAGGAAAUGAGCGGUGCUUGAUGAAGGCACCUCAACAUAUGAGAUGAGUCUUUACCGGUGUAAAAAUUGUCCUGACUAUUAUGGACGCUGGAGCUGGAACUGCUUUUCAGACUACACUUGCAAUUCUGACCCUGGGAUAGGCAGCUGCAGAGUUUAUAGUAAUGGGCUGAAAGCAGCCAAUUUCUAUUUUGCCUGUGAAAUGGUCGCUAUCAUGUUUGGACUUAUGGUGAUAGAAAAAUUAAUUUUGGCCUUUUUCAAUAAAGACUAUGGGUCCAAAACGUUUUUAUUUUCACUUGCGACAGGCAUGCUUAUAACUCAUACACUCGGGAUUAAAUCGUGGCUUAUAAUAAACAAUGCCAAAUGGACUAAACUGCAUAGAAGAUGCACCUUUGAUGAGCCUUGCAUUUAUGCAGAAACUGGUCCUGCAAUCUCAAUAAUCAACAUAUUCCUUUGUGCUUUGGCAGGGCUUUCAUUAAUUCCUACAAUGUGGAAGCAUAGCAGUCCUUCCUCUAUAGACUGCAUGCCUUUUAAUAGUUAUAUCAGAAAAUUCAAAGUUGAAUCUUGGCUGAAGAUUAUAGGGUCGCUAUUUGUGACUGCAUUUGUUACAGUGAUUGUCGCAAUAAAUUAUCUAGAAUGGGUCCGAAGAUAUUAUAAAGAUAGCUCUUGGAAAGGAUCUUUAGGUUAUUGCCAUACCUGUGAUAAAAAUAUCCAAAAUUUAGAUUGAGAGUGUUUAGCUUCACGUGAAUGCUUAUCAUCUCUCGCAUCUGGCAGCUGUGAGCUCUAUACAAAUAUGUUUAAUGCUUACAGAUGGUAUCUAGCGUUUGAAUUCUUAACAGCAAUCUGUUCAGUUUUCUUCCUCCAAAAUUAUGUAUAUUUAAUUUUCCAGAAAACUUAUGGCUCAAUAGUGAUGAGUUAUGUAAUUUUUUACUUACUUCUCAUUUUUUUAGCGAUUAGUUCGUUUUGCUUUCAUUUUUCGGAUCCUAGAGCCUCUAAUUUAAUUCAUAAAAUUAAAGGUUUAGAAUGCUUCGAAAAUUUAACGUGAAUUGCUUUAUUAUUAUAUUUUUUUUAUAUCUUUACUCCCCCCGAACAAAAAAAUUUUGUUAGCUCAUGGCUAAUGUUUUUUAAAAGAAUUUAUAUAUAAAUUUUAUACAAAAAUUUUUUCGAAAUUUAAAAAAAUUCUAAUUCGCAAAAAUUGGAAAGCAAAUAUUAAUUUAAAUUGUAAAAUUUAUGUUUUAAAACGCAAUUUGUUUAAAAUUAAACAGAAUUAGCUCGAGAUUUCAUUAUACUAAUUAUCACUUAUAUAUCAAAAAUUUUUUCCAUAAAAUAUUUUCUAUUAAAAAAAUUUUUGUUCACUCACGGAGAGUGGGUUUUUGGGCAAAAAAUAGCGAUUUUUCUAAUGGUUUUGUUCACUCAUGGAGGGGGAGUUAAUAGAAACCAAAAAUUUAUAUUAAAAUAGUUGCUUAAACGAAGCAGGCUAAUUUUCAUAAAAAGAGAGAUUCUUAUAGACUUUGCUCACUUAGACUUAUGCAAUCGCGCUUUCUGUAUUCCAUUUUAUCGCGAUGAUAAUUUGGUUCGUACAAAGCGAUUCUGAGUUAACUGGAAGCUGUCAUGGAAAAGUAAAUGCCACUGAUGAAAUAGCCAUGUGUUUCUCUUAUGGUCCUUAUGCACUUAUAAUUUCAAAUUUCAUCACAAUUUCCAUGACUGUGAUUUUUUGUUAUGUUUUUAGCAGAAGAUUUAGUGCAGAGUUCAAAUCAAUUGAAGAGCUUAAAGAAGAUUCAAAUAACAAUGAGCGUACUCCAAAAACUGCCGGUGAAGACUUUGACAGUAAGAUUUAA